UGUAUUCAGACUGAGAUGGAGAUGGUUAUCAAAUAUGUUACAAUAUAUAGUAUCUGCUGCAGGUGAGAGACAAAAUGUCGCCCAGGGAAAACCAGCAUGGAUGAGCACUACACGUCGUCCUUCACAGUCUGCUGGUAAUGCUGUAGAUGGAGGGACUACUGCAACAAAUGAUGAGAACUCAGCACACACCAAAGUUAACGAAACUACAGCCUGGUGGAAGGUGGACCUACAGACACCUGUACAGUCACCAGUGGUUAACAUCUACUUCAGAACAGACUAUACGCCUCGACGUAAUGGCCUUCAACUCUACACGUCCAGGACAAAUUCACCUGAUCCAAAAGGAGAUCUAUGUGGCAAAGUUAGUGGGCGCCUUGACGGUACAGACAUCCCUGAUGUCCUGAAUGUCACCUGCCCUGGGAGCUGGCGCUACCUGACUGUCUACACAGAGACUGAUAAUGAUAGAUAUGGUGCUGUGUUGGACUUCGUUGAAGUACAGGUGUGGGAAUGUGCGUCUGGUCGUUAUGGAGACAGCUGCAGCAAGUACUGCAACUCCCGUCAUUGUGGCAACACAGGGGACUCCUGUCCUUCUGACACAGGGGCGUGUUCAAAUGCAGGCUGCCAAACAGGGUGGGCAGGACCAGACUGUACAGAAUGUGCGUCUGGUCGUUAUGGAGACAGCUGCAGCAAGUACUGCAACUCCCGUCAUUGUGGCAACACAGGGGACUCCUGUCCUUCUGACACAGGGGCGUGUUCAAAUGCAGGCUGCCAAACAGGGUGGGCAGGACCAGACUGUACAGAAUGUGUGUCUGGUCGUUAUGGAGACAGCUGCAGCAAGUACUGCAACUCCCGUCAUUGUGGCAACACAGGGGACUCCUGUCCUUCUUACACAGGGGCGUGUUCAAAUGCAGGCUGCCAAACAGGGUGGGCAGGACCAGACUGUACAGAAUGUGUGUCUGGUCGUUAUGGAGACAGCUGCAGCAAGUACUGCAACUCCCGUCAUUGUGGCAACACAGGGGACUCCUGUCCUUCUGACACAGGGGCGUGUUCAUAUGCAGGCUGCCAAACAGGGUGGGCAAGACCAGACUGUACAGAAUGUGUGUCUGGUCGUUAUGGAGACAGCUGCAGCAAGUACUGCAACUCCCGUCAUUGUGGCAACACAGGGGACUCCUGUCCUUCUUACACAGGGGCGUGUUCAAAUGCAGGCUGCCAACCAGGGUGGGCAGGACCAGACUGUACAGUAUGCGCCUCCGGAUAUUAUGGAAGCAGCUGCAACCAACUGUGUAGUAACACUCACUGCAGUUGGAAUACCUGUGGUGGAAUACAGUGGAAGUGUAUCGGUGGAUGUUUGGCUGGAUACCAUGGACAAUACUGUACACAUGAAUGCGCCACCGGGUAUUAUGAAGCCAACUGUGACCAGUCCUGUGAUGCACGUCACUGCAAGAUGGCCUCCAGCUGUGAUGUGACACAAGGGCGGUGUGUCGGUGGAUGUGCGGCUGGAUAUCAGGGAACUGACUGCAGGCAAACCUGUCCCAGUGGGCGCUAUGGAGAAGGAUGUAAGAAGUACUGCAGCAGCCGUCACUGUCAGACGACAUCGAAUACAUGUGAUCACGUGACUGGAAGGUGUCCCGACGGCUGUGUCACUGGUUUCACUGGAGAUGACUGUUUACAAAACUGUCGAGAUGGCUAUUACGGAACUAACUGUUCUCUGAAAUGUGCAGACAGACAUUGUAACAGUUCCUCCUGUCCUACUGAUGGGGCCUGUGGCGCUGAGUGUGAGGCGGGAUGGACGCUGCAGAGUUGCACACAAGAGUGUUCCAGGGGAAAGUAUGGCGUCAGCUGUAUCUCUGACUGUGGCCACUGUGCUGAUAACAUCACAUGUCAUCAUAUCGAUGGAACCUGUCCAGAUGGAUGUCAGGCAGGCUGGAAACUCCCCCUGUGUCAGACAGGUUGUGACAAUGGGAAAUUCGGGUUGAACUGUGAGAGUGACUGCAGCCACUGUAACGGGACGUGUGAUGCUGUUGAUGGACGAUGUCCCUGGGGAUGUACCGAGGGGUACAACGGUUCACACUGCUCUGUGAAGCUUUCUCCUUUAGAUAGAAUGCAGUCAUCAAAUGUUUUGGUACCAGCUGUGUCAGGAACAGUUGUAGGGUUGCUGGUGAUUGCCAUAGUUGUUGCUGUUGUGGUUCUUGUGGGCAGGAGGAGACGGAGGUCUCAAGAUAACGAUGUGACCAAACACUCUGCACACUUCCGCCCUGAAGCACAAGAGAAUGGCGCUUUGGUAAACGUAGUUCUGGAUGAGAACAGAAGAGGCCACCAGAAGCCACCUAUAAAACCCAAACCUGCCCCACAAGCUGCAUCCAGCAAACAGCUGAGUUUCGAAGAAGAAGGUCAUGAGGAAGAAGAUUUGGACGAAGAAGUUCAACCUCCUGACAGUUGUUACUACAACGCAGAAGCCGAAGACGCCAUCAGAGACGUUGCUGUGCCUGAACUUGCUGCAACUGUGGCGAUGCUUAAACAGAGGAAAGAUGGGUUUGAAAGAGAAUAUAACCGACUUGUGACUGGAUUCACAGCCACAUACCAAGACUCCCAGAGACCCGAGAACAGUGGAAAAAACAGGUUCAGAGGCUACUACCCCCUACGACCAUAACCGUAUCCGCCUGGCCCCUCUCCCAGACACUCCUGGGUCGGACUACAUCAACGCCAGUCUC